AUGGCUGUGGUCGCUUCUGUCGUAAUUGAUACUCUCACCGAACAAUUCCUACACUCUAUUGCCAAAGAACUCGGUAUGGAAUCCGAAACAUCGGCAAUGAACAUAUUGCGUACAUAUUUGGAAAAUCGUAAUAAUAUAGAUAUGGUUCUGAAACAAAUUGGACGAAAAGGUAGCGUUAAUCGUAUUCUCGUUAUCGGACAAACCGGUGCCGGUAAAAGCAGUUUGGUUAAUCUUUUAGCUGCCAAAAAGGUAGCAACAGUAUGUGAUGGCGCCAACGGAUGCACAUUUAAGUUUGAAACAUAUCAAGUUGAUUAUAAUGGAGAACUGUUUGAAUUGAUUGAUACAGUUGGUUUAAAUGAAGGUUCAAAAGGCACUGUCAAGCCAAAGGAUGCAAUGAAAAUGUUAAUUAAGUUUAUCAAAGGAAACAAACGGGGAUUCAGCUGCAUUCUCUUUGUUAUGCCAAAAGGACGAAUAACUGAAUCAUUUGAAAAAAAUCAUAUGCUCUUCUGCCGGACUCUACUUAUAUAA